GCAGAUGUCAAAGAACAAAUUCAAGUCUUUAUUUGGGCAUGUUAAAUUUAGUUGACCCUCACAUGAAGGGUGCAAGGUCAGGUAUGUCCUUCCAGGAGUGUCUGAUUGCAGAACAGGUUAAGACCUGGUUGCAUUCACUCUCAGCCACAUGCCACAUGCAUCUUCAACCCUUCCCUGUUCCUGCUGGCCAAAUAUGCUGUAAAACAUUUGUUCCUAGAAAAAAAACUUAGUACAUGUACGCUGUUUUAAAAGCUUGUGGAGCACUCAUUUUGAGCAAGGAAGGCAAACCAGAGAAACCAAUGGCUCCACUGCCACUGGCAAGGGAGCUGUAGUUUCUAGGACCUUGUAGCAGGUUCAUUUAAGGUGGAAGGGAGUGUUUUUAAUUACCGCCCCAAAAAAUGUGCCUUUAAAAUGCACUGUGUCCCUUUUUGUACUUAAAAUAAUUGGGUCAAAUUUAAAAGUCAUUGCUCAGUGAAAAUAGCAUUUGAUUAUAAAUAUAAAGGAAUAUAUCUCCUAAGCUAGGUUAAGUAAUAAUCUGGUUGUCAGGCUUUUUCAUCUCUUUUAAUUUUCACUUCUUUUUAGACACUAAUUAUAGAGUUUUCCCACCAGAUCACUCCAUAUCUUACCAAAACCUUUAUUUCCCUUUGUACAGAGAGGUGUCACAGACAACAUGGAGUUCCUGCACUUCUCCCCUUUUCUUCUCACAGCCAUCACUUAUGUGCCUGUAUGUUCCUACCAUGCCCUGCCAACAGGAUAUGCUUGGCCUGUGCCACUGUCACUUCCAUGCACAGCCACUCCUGUCUGUCUGCAGGAGCUGGCACACUGCAGAAAACCUUCCUAAAGAUUUGGCCUUUCACUCAGAGUGCAUUGAGAAGAAGAAGACAUCUGAGAUUUCCCCAUGAAAAUGAGCUACCCACUCAACAGAUGAACAAAGCUACUGGAAUUUGGGCUUCUUGGAAAAGCAGAAAGGAUCAGCAGAACAGGAACCCAACAGAGAUGGCCAUGGUUGGAGGCAGGAAUAUACAUGUUUUCAUUGGAUUGUUUACUGCAACAGCCACCUGGGUUGGAGGAGCAUAUAUAAACAGCACUGCUGAAAUCGUCUAUCUGCCUUCAAAAGGAUUACUGUGGGUCCAGGCACCUGUGGGAUUUGCCUUGUCCCUUGUUAUUGGUGGUUUCUUCUUUGUAAAUCCAAUGAGAUCAAAGAAUUAUGUGACUGUGAUGGACCCCCUUCAAGAAACUUAUGGGAACAUGAUGGGAACCUUACUCUUCAUUCCACCACUGCUAGGAGAGGUGUUCUGGUUUGCAGCCAUCCUGGCAUCCCUGGGAGCAACAAUGAGGGUCAUCUUGGAUAUUGGAGGCUCUUUGGCUAUCACCAUCUCAGCCUGUACUGUUAUACUUUACACUCUGCUGGGAGGCCUCUACUCUGUUGCCUACACCGAUGUCAUCCAGAUGGUUUUCAUUACCCUCAGCCUGUGGAUCUGUAUUCCCUUUGCCCUGGUGAAUUCUGCAACGGAAAGUAUUUAUUACACUGCAACCCAUCAAUCUUACCAAGACCCUUGGAUUGGGAAGAUAGAAAAACAGUAUCUUGGAAGGUGGCUGGAUGACUUCUUCUACUUGGUGCUUGGGAGCAUUCCGUGGCAGACUUACUUCCAAAGGGUGCUCUCUGCUGCCUCGACAGGACAGGCAAGGCUCAUCUCCUACCUCUCUGGACUCGGGUGCUUUGCAAUGGCCAUCCCCUCAGUGCUCAUUGGGGCAGUUGCAGCAUCAACAGACUGGAAUCAGACAAGCUACGGUCUUCCAAGUCCAUUUGAGAGAGGGGAGUCAGCGAUGAUCCUACCACUUGUUUUACAACAUCUCUGCCCAGCAUAUAUCUCCAUUACUGGUUUGGGAGCCAUUGCUGCUGCUGCAAUGUCUUCUGCAGAUUCAGCUCUUCUCUCCACUGGCUCCAUGUUUGCUCACAAUAUCUACAGGAAAAUCCUGAGGAAAAAGGCUUCAGAGAGAGAGGUGUUGUGGGCCAUGAGGACCUCCAUGUUGGUGUUUGGGGCCGGGGCUGCUGGUCUGGCUUUUUACUCCAGCUCUGUCUACGACCUCUGGUUCCUCAGUGGGGAGCUGGUGUAUGCCCUCCUCUUCCCCCAGCUCUGCUGUGCCCUCUUUGCACCCAGCACGAACACCUACGGAUCAGCUGCUGGCUUCUUGGUUGGGCUCCUGCUGAGGCUGCUGGCAGGGGAGCCUGCCCUGAGCAUCCCCCCUGUCAUCCACUACCCAGCCUGCUCCCUGGUGAAUGGGACCUACAGCCAGCUCUUCCCCUUUAAAACAUUCACCGUGCUUCUUACCUUGGGCACAAUCCUUGCUGUUUCACACCUGGCCAAGGCUUUGUUUCAGAACAACCUCCUCCCUCGCAGCUGGGAUGUUUGCAAUAUCACGGGGGGAACUGCCAUCCUCAUCCCCUUGCAGCAGGUGGAGAAACAGGAGCGUUUGCCAAACACUGCACUAGAAGAGAACCACGAUUAAAUAUGGGCUUUCAUUUGAAAGGCCACGGCGUGUUCAGCGGUUCGAGCCUGGCACAGACAGCAUCGCUCUUUGCU